AACCUACCUUUAUAAGUGAGUUGAAUCUCGAUUACAAAUUUGCAAUGGAUAUAAGUUUUAUUCUAGUCUUUCUUGGUGUUUUUCUCUUAUCUUUUAUACUGGUGUCAAAAAAGAAAGAAAAUCUCCCGCCAGGAUAUUACGGGUUUCCGGUUAUAGGAUCAUGGAACUUGUUGCGAAAACUUCCGGGCAGAAGACCACAUUUGGUGUUUUACGAAGAGUCGAAACGUUUCGGCAAUAUAUUCCGAUUUUAUCUUGGUCAGCAGUUAGUUGUAGUUCUCUCAGGUUUUGAUAUCAUCAAUGAAGCUCUUGUAAAGAAGGCAGAGGUGUUCAGUGACAGACUUAAGGGUACAAAUGCCUUACUUCCGAAAUCAGACGACGAAGCAGGUGUGAUAUUUUGUCGAUAUAACUCAGCAUGGAGGGAGGCUCGACGAUUUUCACUUCAAGCCCUUCGAGAUUUCGGCGUCGGUAAAACGUCAAUCGAGGAACGCAUCAUAAUUGAGACCGAAGCUGUAACGUCAAAACUGACGUCAAUAAAUGGAAAGCCGACGGCAAUUGACGGACUGAUGCAGAAGCUCGUGGGCAAUGUCAUUUACAGUAUCAUAUUUGGUAAAAGGUACGAAUACGAUGACCCCAACUCUGAUAAAGUCAGGAAUAUGUCAAAUGUACUAGUAUCAGGACCAGGACCGCUAACUCCGUCAAACUAUAUGCCAAAGUUCAUCAGUAGAUUCUUGAAUAAACAGGGUGUGGAGUUAGAAGUGAAGCGAACAGCUUCUGUUAAAGCUAUAAGGAAGUAUAUAUAUGAGCUAAUAGAUGAACACGAGGCUACGUUCGAUGAGGACAACAUCCGUGAUUUUGUAGAUCUCUAUAUAAAAACGUCACGACUCAAAGAUGAGAGCGUUAAGAAAAUCAUAACAAAAGGCAACAUGUUUCGUGUGAUAGUCGAUCUGUUUAUAGCUGGAUCAGAGACAACAUCUUCCACUCUAGACUGGGCGUUUUUUUUUAUGACCGAGAAACCUGAAUGUUCAACGAAAAUGUCAGCAGGAAAUCUAUUUGGAGACAAGGUCAUCGAGUACUCUGAACGUAACAAGCUGGUUUAUGUAAACGCUACACUUAUGGAAAUUCAAAGAAUUUCGGCAAUAGGUAUGUUUUGCAACACAGUUCCUCUGGAAUGUACCCCACGUAACAAGCGCCGAUACGACACUGAAGCGGUUACGACAUUCCAAAAAAGGGAACACUGGUUUUUCCUACUCUUUACCUCGGGUCAGUAUGGAUGA